UAGAGCAGAGUAACUAUUGUUUCUUUCUUUCCGCAAAGCAGAAGCUGGCAGGCUGACAAACAGGCAGCUCACAGGACGGACUUUCUGGCUACUGACCAUUUAGCUGUGGCAUACCCGGAUUGUGCGUGGGUGGGAAAUCGACCAUGAGCUCCGUGGCAGUUUUGACCCAGGAGAGCUUUGCUGAACAUCGCAGCGGCCUUGCUCAGCAGCAAGUGAAAGUUGCAGCUUUAAAUGCUGAAGAAGAAAAUGACCCUCCAACUUACAAGGAUGCCUUCCCUCCUCUCCCUGAGAAAGCAGCAUGUUUGGAACCAGCCCAGGAACCUGCUGGUGCCUGGAGCAAAAUCCGACCAAUCAAGGCUUCUGUCAUCACUCAGGUGUUCCAUGUGCCGCUGGAAGAGAGGAAAUACAAGGACAUGAACCAGUUUGGGGAAGGGGAGCAGGCCAAAAUCUGCUUGGACAUCAUGCAGAAGACGGGAGCUCACCUGGAGCUGUCUCUCGCAAAGGAUCAGGGACUCUCGAUCAUGGUCUCUGGCAAGCUAGAAGCAGUGAUGAAGGCUCGAAAGAAGAUCGUAGCUCAGCUUCAGACACAGGCUUCAGCAACGGUGCCCAUUCCCAAGGAGCAUCAUCGCUUUGUCAUUGGCAAAAGUGGAGAGAAGUUGCAGGACCUUGAGCUCAAAACUGCCACUAAGAUCCAGAUCCCCCGCCCGGAUGACCCCAGCAACCAGAUCAAGAUCACCGGCACCAAGGAAGGGAUUGAGAAGGCGCGGCAUGAGAUCCUGCUGAUCUCUGCUGAGCAGGAUAAGCGUGCAGUUGAAAGGUUGGAGGUGGAGAAGGUAUAUCAUCCUUUCAUUGCUGGCCCUUUCAACAAGCUGGUCGGUGAGAUCAUGCAGGAGACAGGGACACGCAUAAACAUCCCACCUCCCAGCGUCAACAGAACGGAGAUAGUCUUCACUGGAGAAAAGGAGCAGCUGGCCCAAGCAGUUGCUUGUGUUAAGAAGAUCUACGAGGAGAAGAAGAAGAAGACUACCACCAUCGCUGUGGAGGUGAAGAAGUCCCAGCAUAAAUACGUCAUCGGUCCCAAAGGGAACUCCCUGCAGGAGAUCUUGGAGAAAACUGGAGUCUCGGUCGAGAUACCACCCACAGACAGCAGCUCAGAGACUGUGAUACUGCGUGGCGAACCUGAAAAGCUUGGGCAGGCACUGACUGAAGUCUAUGCUAAGGCCAACAGUUUCACAGUCUCCUCUGUCUCCGCCCCCUCUUGGCUUCACCGUUUCAUCAUUGGCAAGAAAGGGCAAAACCUGGCCAAAAUCACCCAGCAAAUGCCAAAGGUUCACAUAGAAUUCACUGAAGGAGAAGAUAGAAUCACUCUGGAGGGACCCACUGAAGAUGUCAACAUGGCUCAAGAACAAAUCGAGAACAUGGUCAAGGAUCUGAUUAACCGGAUGGAUUAUACUGAAAUCAAUAUUGACCAUAAAUUCCACAGACAUCUCAUUGGAAAGAGUGGAGCCAACAUCAACAGGAUUAAGGAUCAGUACAAAGUGUCUGUGCGAAUCCCUCCAGACAAUGAGAAGAGCAACCUCAUCAGAAUUGAAGGAGACCCUCAGGGAGUUCAAGAGGCCAAGAGAGAGCUGCUGGAACUUGCAUCGCGUAUGGAAAAUGAACGCACAAAGGACCUGAUCAUUGACCAGAAAUUCCAUAGAACUAUCAUUGGGCAGAAGGGUGAACGGAUUCGGGAUACCCGGGAUAAAUUUCCAGAGGUUAUUAUCAACUUCCCAGAUCCUUCACACAAGAGUGACAUUGUCCAACUUAGAGGACCCAAGAAUGAGGUGGAAAAAUGCACAAAGUACAUGCAGAAGAUGGUGGCAGAUCUGGUUGAAAACAGCUACUCCAUUUCAGUUCCCAUCUUCAAACAAUUCCACAAGAACAUCAUUGGGAAAGGAGGUGCAAAUAUCAAAAAGAUCCGUGAAGAAUGCAGCACCAAGAUUGAUCUCCCAGCAGAGAACAGCAAUUCGGAGACAAUUAUCAUUACAGGGAAAAGAGCCAACUGUGAAGCUGCUCGCAAUCGGAUUCUCUCCAUCCAAAAAGAGUUGGCUAACAUUGCAGAGGUGGAGGUCUCCAUCCCUUCCAAGCUGCACAACUCGCUCAUUGGUGCCAAAGGUCGUUUCAUCCGCUCCAUCAUGGAGGAAUGCGGUGGGGUUCACAUCCACUUCCCCACAGAAGGCUCCGGCAGCGAUACAGUCACCAUCAGGGGCCCUGCCCAGGACGUUGAAAAGGCCAAGAAACAGCUCCUACAACUGGCAGAAGAGAAGCAAACAAAGAGUUAUACUGUGGACUUGCGUGCCAAACCAGAGUACCACAAGUUCCUGAUUGGCAAAGGAGGCGGUAACAUUCGCAAGGUGCGUGAUAAUACUGGUGCCCGGAUUAUCUUCCCCACCUCGGAGGACAAAGAUCAGGAGCUGAUUACUAUCAUGGGAACAGAGGAAGCUGUCAAAGAGGCCCAGAAGGAGCUGGAAGUGCUCAUCAAGAACCUGGACAAUGUGAUUGAAGAUUCCAUGACGGUGGACCCUAAGCAUCACCGGCACUUUGUCAUCCGGAAAGGGCAGGUGCUACGAACCAUUGCAGAGGAGUAUGGGGGUGUGAUGGUCAGCUUUCCACGCCCUGGCACACAGAGUGACAAGGUCACCCUUAAAGGAGCAAAGGACUGUGUGGAAGCAGCAAAGAAACGCAUCUUGGAGAUCAUUGAUGACUUGGAAGCCCAGGUGACAAUAGAAUGCACCAUUCUUCAGAAGUAUCACCGCUCUAUUAUGGGCCCCAAAGGUUCCAGGAUCCAGCAGAUCACCCGUGACCAUGGUGUUCAGAUCAAAUUCCCAGACCGGGAGGAGAACGUGGCUCCCACUGCAGAGUCGCCAGCCCAGGAGAAUGGCAAAGAGGGUGGAGAAGGGAAGGAGAACAAAGAAACAGAUCCUGGCUCCCCAAAGAAAUGUGAUACUAUCAUAAUCUCUGGUCGUCGAGAGAAGUGUGAGGCAGCAAAAGAAGCCCUGCAGGCACUGGUUCCAGUUACCAUUGAAGUAGAAGUUCCUUUCGACCUUCAUCGUUUCAUCAUUGGUCAGAAGGGCGUUGGAAUCAGGAAAAUGAUGGACGAGUUUGAGGUGAACAUCCAAGUCCCUGCCCCAGAGCUUCAGUCUGACAUCAUCUCUAUCAGUGGGCUUGCUACUAACCUGGACCGUGCCAAGGCCAGACUUCUUGAGAGGGUGAAGGAGCUGCAAGCUGAGCAAGAGGAUCGGGCUUUGCGAAAUUUUAAGCUGACUGUUGCUGUGGAGCCCAGAUACCACCCUAAAAUCAUUGGCAGGAAAGGGGCUGUGAUCACUCAAAUCCGCACAGAGCAUGAUGUCACCAUACAAUUUCCAGAUAAGGAUGAUGAAUCUCAGUCCCAGGAUCAGAUCACCAUCACUGGUUAUGAGAAGAAUACUGAAUCUGCCCGAGAUGCCAUCAUGAAGAUUGUUGGAGAAUUGGAGCAGAUGGUAUCUGAGGACAUCACUCUGGACCAUCGUGUUCACGCCCGCAUUAUCGGAGCGCGGGGGAAAGCCAUCCGCAAGAUCAUGGAUGAGUUCAAGGUGGACAUCCGCUUCCCCCAGAGUGGAGCUGCUGAUCCAAAUUGUGUGACUGUGACUGGACUCCCUGAGAAUGUGGAGGAAGCCAUUGAUCAUAUCCUGAACCUGGAGGAGGAAUAUCUGGCAGAUGUGGUGGACAAUGAGGCAAUGCAAGUCUACAUGAAACCACCUGCUCAUGGGGAAGCUAAGGCUGCAUCAAAGGGAUUUGUGGUGAGAGAUGCCCCCUGGACACCAGGAAACACCGAGAAGGCCCCUGACAUGACCAGUUCUGAAGAUUUCCCAAGUUUUGGAGCUCAGGUGGCCCCCAAAACUCUACCUUGGGGUCCUAAGCGGUAAUAGCGUGGAAGCAGCAAUCUUGUCCAGCCACCUGCCACAAGGUUUCCUUUCUGAAUUCUGAUCUAGUGGCUGGAUCCAGUGCAGAUUGCCCAUGGGGGUCUCUUAAUGAAACUAGAGUGCUACCCCUUUUGAGGUUCUCUGUUGUCCCUGCGCUUAGGCCUCACUAUGCUUCAGUUUGACUCUUUCCUUUCUCCUUGCCCUGGAAGAAACUUUCCACGUAGAUUCCAACCUAAAAGACAUACAUAAUUUUUUUUUUGCCUUUCAACUUUCACUCAGUCUCAUGUUGGCCAUGGUGUAGUAACCAAACCUCCCACGUACACCUUGCAAAAAGCACUCUAGGCUCCAUUAGGAGAUCUCCUCACUGCAGCUAGGAAUCUACUUCCUGUCUCUCAACCUCAGGAAAUGCAUUUCCUCAACUUUCUACAAAGCCAAAAUAUUUGCUCUUUUCCCCUCCUGCCCUGUUUCUCCAAGGCCUUACCUUUGUAGAGUGCAAUCAACUUUUCCCUUUCAACUGCCAAACAAAAAACAAAACAUGUACCCAUCUAAUACUGCUAUGGGAGAGGAAAUUGGCCAGAAUGGAUAGGUGGAGAAGGAGGGUUCAGCCUGGAGAUACGGCCCCAGGAAGCACUAAGAGGGGCAUAACCCUUGCUGUGUUAGUCUGCAUCGCUGAGUGUACCAAAAUUCUCCCCUUGUUGGUGUGAGUAUUGAAUCGCGGCUCAUCACCAGUGUUUGGACGCGUACACUCUUUUUUGUUCUCCCUUCCCAGCAGUAGUAUGGCUGAGUGGAACCAGAAAACUGACAGUAUUAUUGGGUCUAACAAAACUUGGUUCAACCAAAAGUGCCAUGGUAGCAUGUCACAGAAGGUGGUGAGCUAUUAGUGUGGUGUUAGAGGGUACAUUACUCUUUCUCCCUCCCCAGGCUUGAUAGUGAUGGCAUUUAAAUACCAGGGUUAAGAGUGUGUCUUUUUUGCUUUUUACUAUUGCCUUCUUUCUACCUCAAGCCGGAAUGACAGUGGCCUGCUUCUUCAGUCAAGCCCCUCUCGCUUCCUGUUAUCAUGACUGUUGUUCCUCUGUGAGCAGAGGGAUCUGUGUGUGGCUUCAGCCUGGCUACAUGCCAUCAAACAUCCCCUCCUACUAAGAUGGUCUUAACCACCGUCACAUAAUUUGGUCUGACUCUUGUGACGAAAGGUUAGGCCUUGGGGAGGGAGGCAGGUAAGGAGUGGCUCUCACUUAAAUUGAAGAAGCUGGAUUGCAGUUCAGUCUUAAAUCAAGCCUCUCUUGGAGGGGAGGAGAGAAUACCUACAUUCAGCAAAGGCCUUUCUGUAGUCUGGCAGCAAAUGUUUCUGUCCUUUUGUCAUGUCCCUCAUACAACAGUAGUUUCUGCAUUCUAGCUGCUGCCAUAAACCGAUACAAGGCUGCUUGUAUUAAAGCUGCUCUUCCAGCCAUUACAUGGUAUAUAUCUUUUCUGCCGAAGGCGCUGGUGCCAGGGCUGGUCUGGUCUGGUGCCAACUCUGCUCUCUGCCUACUGCCUCCCUUCCCCUCCAAAGAGCUUUUCUGAGCCAUUAGCUAAGAACCGAACCCCAGGAUUGCUUAUGCCCCCAUUAAUACAUACUGGGAAAAGGUCUGCAAGGCUCUUGUCUUUCUUGACCGCUAGCCCAACAGGAAGGAAAGCCUCUUUCUUUCAGUAAACCUAGCUGAAGGGAGGAGAGAUUUGUUUCUCUAUGCUAAUUCCACUUGGGGCAGGACAAGCCCUCUUACUAUCUGAGCAGGAGACAAACAGGGUAGUAGUGUUUUAAUGUAUUGCCAGUAGUAUACCUGGUGUCUGAAUGUCAGUCACAUCACUUGCACAUGUGUUUUUAGGCUUCAACUGCCAUUGAGCAUGGGCCCCCAACCCAGCCAUUUGUUCAAACUGUUGAGAGUACUCUACCCCCUCUGUCCCAUGUAGUCUGCAGCAGAUGCUCUGCGGAGGUGUGCUCCAUGUCCUCUUAAUGUCUUCCAUAUUAUGUUUCCAUGGCAAUGAUCCCUUGGCCUUAACUUUGGAAUUUGGAGAUUAUAUGCAAAACAUGUAUAAAGGCUCAUGAGUAUGGAUGACACUGGAAUUUUAUAAAUUCUAAAAAAAUAAAAUAAAACCUGAAACAGC